GUGAAGUACGCCAAGGACACGCGAUACAGCACCUCCGGGGUCUCCACGCACGACAAGAGCACCAUGGCGGCUCUGCCCGCUGGGCCGGUCCCGUACCAGGAGGCACUGAGGGCUGCAGUCAUCGGCAUCGAUGAGGGCCAGUUUUUCCCAGACAUCGUGGAGUUCUGUGAGGCAAUGGCCAACACUGGGAAAACUGUCAUUGUGGCUGCUCUGGAUGGGACUUUCCAGAGAAAGGCCUUUGGGAACAUCCUGAACCUGGUGCCGCUGGCGGAGAGCGUGGUGAAGCUGAACGCUGUGUGCAUGGAGUGUUUCCGAGAGGCUUCCUACACCAAGAGGUUGGGAGUAGAGCGGGAGGUUGAAGUGAUUGGAGGAGCUGACAAGUACCACUCCGUGUGCCGAGCCUGCUACUUCUGCAAGCAUCCCAAUCAGCCUGGGCUGGAGAACAAGGAGAACAUGCCCCUGGGACUGAGACAGCUGGAGGCACCUGUCUGUCGGAAAAUCUUCACUUCCUGA